AUGGUUCAAUCAUCAAUUCUCGGCUUCCCCCGUAUGGGAGUAUUGCGAGACCUCAAGAAGGCCAACGAGGCCUAUUGGGCAGGCAAGCUCUCUCGUGACGACCUUUUGGCCGAGGGCAAGAGGCUGCGUUUGGCCCACUGGCAGAUUCAGAAGAAUGCUGGUGUCGACAUCAUCCCCAGCAACGACUUCGCCUUCUACGAUCAUGUCCUAGACCACAUCCAGCUCUUCAAUGCCAUCCCGGAGCGAUACUCCAAGCAUGGGCUCAACCCGCUUGACGAGCUCUUCGCCAUGGGCCGUGGCCACCAAAAGGAUGGCAUCGAUGUUCCAUCACUGGAAAUGGUCAAAUGGUUUGACUCCAACUACCACUAUGUGAAGCCCACCUUCCAAGAUGGUCAAUCGUUCAAGCUCGGGUCCAACCCAAAGCCCAUUGCUGAAUUCAACGAGGCCAAGGCGGCUGGCAUCGUCACUCGACCAGUCAUUCUUGGUCCCGUUUCCUUCCUCCACCUCGGCAAGGCCGAUCGUGACCAGAGUGUGAAGCCCAUUGAGCUCCUUGAGAAGCUCCUCCCUGUCUACGAGGAACUCCUUGCUGGCCUCAAGGCUGCUGGUGCCGAGACUGUUCAGAUCGACGAACCUAUCCUAGUUUACGACCUUCCCGCUGAGGUAAAGGGUGCGUUCAAGCCUGCCUACGAGCGCCUCUCCGGUGCCAACCUCCCCAAGCUCGUCUUGGCUACCUACUUCGGUGACAUUGUCCACAACAUCGAGGUUCUCCCUUCAAUUCAGAACCUCCAUGGCCUCCACAUCGACCUUGUCCGCAACCCUGAACAACUCGAUACCGUCAUCGGUGCCAUUGGCUCGAGCCAAAUCCUGUCGUGCGGUGUUGUCGAUGGACGUAACAUCUGGAAGACGAACUUCAAGCGCGCCAUUGAAACCGUCGAAGCUGCCAUCCAAAAGCUUGGCAAGGAUCGCGUGCUAGUCGCUACCUCCAGCUCUCUGCUCCACGUCCCCCACACUCUGACCAGCGAGAAGAAGCUCGAUUCCGAAGUUCGGGACUGGUUCUCUUUCGCAAGCGAAAAGGCCGUUGAGGUCACCAUCAUUGCUAAGGCCGUCACCGAUGGCCCUGCCGCUGUCAGGGACGAGCUCGAGGCCAACGCCAAGUCCAUGCAAUCCCGUGCCUCCUCCAAGCGCACCAAUGACCCCAAAGUCAAGGAGCGACAAGAGAAGGUGACCAAAGAGAUGCACGAACGUGCUUCGCAGUUCCCCGAGCGAUACGCUCAGCAGCGCGAGCAUCUCAAACUCCCCUUGUUCCCGACCACCACCAUUGGAUCUUUCCCCCAGACCAAGGAGAUUCGUAUCCAGCGUAACAAGUUUACCAAGGGCGAAAUCACCCCUGCGGAGUACGAGAAGUUCAUCGAGAAGGAGAUCGAUGACGUCAUCAGAAUCCAGGAUGAACUUGACCUCGAUGUCUUCGUCCACGGAGAGCCAGAGCGCAAUGACAUGGUUCAAUACUUCGGUGAGCGACUCACAGGCUACGUGUUCACCACCCAUGCUUGGGUCCAGAGCUAUGGCUCUCGCUGCGUCCGCCCCCCGAUCAUCGUCGGCGAUAUCUCCCGCCCAGCCUCCAUGACCGUCAAGGAAUCCAAGUAUGCGGCUCAGAACUCCAAGAAGCCAAUGAAAGGGAUGUUGACGGGGCCUAUCACGGACCUGCGAUGGUCAUUCCCGCGUGACGACGUCCACCAGAGUGUGCAGGCUCAACAGCUUGCCUUGGCCCUCCGCGAUGAAGUCAUUGAUUUGGAGGCUGCCGGGAUCUAUGUCAUCCAAGUCGAUGAACCAGCUCUGCGUGAAGGUCUCCCUCUGCGCGCUGGCCCUGAGCGUGAGAAGUACCUUUCCUGGGCUGUGGACGCCUUCAAGCUCGCCUGCGCUGGCGUCAAGGAUUCCACUCAAAUCCACUCUCACUUCUGCUACUCCGAAUUCCAGGACUUCUUCCACGCCAUUGCUGCCCUCGAUGCCGACGUCCUGUCCAUUGAGAACUCCAAGAGCGAUGCCAAACUGCUCAAGGUUUUCGUUGACGAGGCUUAUCCUCGCCACAUCGGCCCUGGUGUCUAUGAUAUCCACUCGCCCCGUAUCCCGAGCGAGCAGGAGAUCAAGGACCGCAUCGAAGAGAUGUUGCAGUAUCUGCGACCCGAGCAGCUCUGGAUCAACCCUGAUUGCGGUCUGAAGACUCGCCAGUGGACGGAGACGAAGGCUGCCUUGGUCAACAUGGUCAACGCUGCCAAGUUCUACCGUGCGAAGUACACCAAGUAG